AUGGCCGCCGCCGCUACGUUCCGCUCUCUGCACCAGCCUGCGGCCAGUGGCGUCCCCGUCCCGCUCCCUAGCGUCCGGCUCCAGGGCCUGCAGCGCCACCGAGUCGGCCUCGACCUCGGCCUCCGCCUCCUCUUCGCGUCGCCCCGCGGCCGUCCCGUCCUGCUCCCGCCCCCCGCCGCGGUCACCGGAGAGGCGUUCUCGUCGGACGGAGAGGAAGAGGAGGAGUACUUCGACGAGGGAGAGAGCGAGCCGGAGGUCGAGGCCCCGCGCGCGUACUCGUCGACACGGAGCCGGCCGACGCGCGGCGAGGAUCCCGGCCGGCUCUUCGUCGGCAACCUGCCCUACACCUUCACCUCCGAGGAACUCUCCGAGGCCUUCGUCGAGGCCGGCAGGGUCGAUGACGCGCAGCAUAUAAUCUACGACAAGGUCACCAACCGGAGCUGCGGCUUUGCCUUCGUCACCAUGGCCACAGCCGAGGAGGCCGCCAAGGCCAUCCAGAUGUUCGAUGGCGCCGUGAGAUUUGAGUUGGUUGAGGUAAUUAUGGCGAUCGCACUUGCAUUUUCUCUGGUAACUCUUGUUUAA